AUGGAGAAGACUAGCUUCCUAUUUUCUAUAGCAUUGUUGAUACACUGUUGUUCUAUGGUUUGUUUGGGUAGGUCCAUUUUAAACUUGACCACCGAUCAAUAUGCUCUUGUUGCCUUGAGAGCCCAUAUCACUUAUGACCCUCAGAAUGUAUUGGCUAACAAUUGGUCCAUGACUAGCUCAGUUUGCAAUUGGGUUGGUAUCUCCUGUGGUCUCACCCACAUGAGAGUAACUGCCUUGAAUCUCUCUCUUAUGGGUUUCGAAGGCACGAUUGCUCCACAUCUUGGAAAUCUCUCAUUCCUUACAUCACUUGGCAUCAGUGAUAACCAUUUCAAUGGGUUUUUACCUAAGGAGUUGGCUCAUUUGCGUCGACUGAAACAAAUCGAUUUGCAACGCAACAACUUCAAUGGAGAGGUACCAUCAUGGUUUGGGAUCUUACCAGAACUCCAUCUGUUGCUUCUGUAUAACAAUAGUUUCACAGGUAUUAUCCCAAAAUCAAUAUGCAACAUCUCAAAGCUAGAAAUAUUGGCACUAGGUGUCAAUUCUUUACAUGGAAAUAUUCCUAGAGAAAUCGGCAACCUCACUAUGCUCAAGGAAUUGUAUAUCGAUACAAAUGAUUUAACAGGUCAAAUUCCAUCUGGCUUAUGGAAAUGCAAAGGGCUUCAAGAACUAUCAUUGUCAUAUAAUAAAUUAAUGGGUAGCAUAUCCAAGAAAAUUGGGAAUCUUACACCGGCCGAAGUACUGUAUCUUGGUUAUAACAACUUGACAGGUUUCCUUGUUAUGCGCCACAUCCACGAGAAGUUCUUACGAAUGUUGGAAUGCGAGAAUUUAGGUGGCAAGGUAGGGUGCCUUGCAUUGGCCUGA